AUGGGUUCUGUUUGGAAAAGAUUACAGCGAGUUAACAAAAGAGCUGCCAAAUUUCAAUUUACUGUUUCUUACCACCAAAUUACUGUUGAAACAACAUCAAAAUGGAAACCAACAAAAUUAUGUGUUGUCUGGACCCGAAGGGGGCGAAGAGUAGUUUCUGAAGCUCAGCCAUGGGAACCAACAAUGAAGGAUCCUUUGUUAGGAGUAGCAACUUGGUCUGUACCUGAAAACAGAGAAGUUGCAGUCACGCUAUUCAAAGAUCUUAGAAGCCAUGACUUAGAAGAUAAAGAGUGGAUGUUUCUAAUUGAGGAUGUGAGCAGUAUGGGGAAGAGAAGACAAAUCGCUGCCCUCAAUAUCAAUAUGAAGAAAUACGCUAGUGUAGAUUCCUCGCAGCAUCAUUUGAAUUUGGUUCUGAAACCUACGAGCAAAAAAAUUGCAUCUGCUACUUUAGACUGUACUCUUUCCUGUGUUUUUCUGAGGGAAGGGAAAGCGACUGAUGAAGAUAUGCAGAGUUUGGCUAGUCUUAUGAGUACUAAUAACAACAGUGAUAUUGCAGUUCUAGGGGAUUUUGAUGAAGAAGAGGAUGCUAAUGAAGUUUCUCAGCAGCAGAGUUUAAGUGAAGUCCAUGAUAUAACUCAUCAACUAGAGAUGAUGACUAACAGUUUGAGUGGCUCUGAAUUUGCAAGUACUCCUGUAAGUGUUGAAAGUUUACGGGAUGACUUAACUCCACUAGCUGAGGAUGAGAAAUCAUUCCCUGAGUUACCUAAUGAUUACUCUAAUAAUGAAUCUAGUCAGACUCCGGUGAUAACAGAUAAGUAUAUGAAUUCAUUUGAAGCACAAGACAAAAAUAUCAAGUUGAAUUUACAACCUUUGAAUUUAAAAGAAAGUAACAAGUUAAAUCUUUCAAGAGGACAAGAGAGUACGCCUGGUCAGGACCUGCUAGAAUGGUGCAAGGAAAUGACGAAAGGCUAUCCGGGUGUGAAGGUCACCAACCUCACUACCAGUUGGCGUAAUGGUCUUGCUUUCUGUGCCAUUAUUCAUCAUUUUAGACCUGAUCUAAUAGAUUUUGAUACCUUACCUAGUCAAGAUGUGAGAGGUAAUUGCAAAAAGGCUUUUGAUGCUGGAGAACAGUUAGGGAUAUCACGAGUGAUUGAUCCAGCUGACAUGGAUGUCCUUGCGGUUCCUGAUAAGUUAGCUGUCAUGACUUACCUUUACCAACUCCGUGCUCAUUUCACUGGGCAUGAGUUGGAGGUACAGCAAAUCGGAAAAACGACUGACGAAUCUUCUUACAUGAUUGGACGGUUCAAUACUGAUACAGAUACCGAUGUGACUGUGCAGUUAUUUGGCCAAGAGAUAAUCAAUAUGAGGGCUAAAACAAUCAAAGGAGGUUCAGAAACAGAUAAAGAUAAGACCAGAAACAGCUGGAGUAGCAAAGACCCACAGGAACCUACUAAUAAAACUCCAGCCAGUGUAACUGAUAAAAUUUUUAAUAGCUCUAAGUCAAUACUUGGAAAAGUUUUGUCCCCAACCAAAGAAAAGUUCAGAGAAAGAGAUAAAAGUAAAUCUCCAGUGAACGGGGCAAAUAUUCAACGUCCGGUUUUGAUGACGAGGCGUCAGUUUUCAGAUCCUUUUGGUUCAGAUGAUGAAGAUGAAAGUCAAACAACUGAUUCGAACAAGAAAACCUCUGGGACGUGGUCUCAAUCAUCACAGGAUAGUGAGAACUCUUUAAAUUCUCUUAAUGCUGUGAAAAGUAAUAGCCAUGACAGAUCUGAAACAAAAUAUGGCAACCAACCUCCAUCUAAUCUUCCUCUCAAUCAUGAACACAUAUCACGGCAUCAGCAGAGAUUGCUGAAUCGUCAUGAUGAAUUGAAGGAAAGGGCAAGGCAGCUCUUAGAACAAGCCAGGCGAGAGGCUUCUAAGUCGCAGCCACAAUCGCCUACACAGUGUGAAGAGGAGAGGCAGGCCCAGCUGAGGGAGCGAGCAAGAAGGCUGAUUGCUGAGGCUAGGAUGGGGAUCGUCAGUUCUAUUUCACCUAGUUUGGAGAAAACACCCACAGAAGAAAUAUCAGCUGAUAAUCAAAAUUUAAAACAAGACACUCAAAAGAGUCUCCCAAGUUCUCCCACAAAGGUGAACGGUGAAAGUAACGGUAACAGCAAACCUGCUGCUCUGCUGGACAGUCCUGGUAAACAGAACCCUCUUUCUCCUCUACUUUCUUUUACAUCAAUCAUGGAAAGAAUUUCUCCUGACCAGCCAAACAAGCAGUUCAGUAAAGAUGUUGUCAACUACAUUCAGAAUGAAAUGGAAGCUUUAGAAAGAGAACAAAAACAAAUUGACAAGCAAGCUGCUGUGUUAGAAAAAGAACUAAGAGACAUAAUGGAAUUAGGAACUGAUAAAGAUGACGAAGAGGUAUUAAUGUCAAAGUGGUUUACACUAGUCAAUAAAAAAAAUGCUUUACUCAGGAGGCAAAUGCAGUUAAAUAUUUUAGAAAAAGAAGAUGAUCUGGAAAGGAGGUUUGAACUCCUUAAUAGAGAACUUCGUAGUAUACUGUCAAUGGAAGAUUGGCAAAAAACUGAAGAACAAAAAUUGAGGGAAAAUCUUCUUUUGGCUGAGCUUGUAAAUAUUGUCAAUAAGAGAGAUGAGCUUGUUCAUCAUCUUGAUUCUCAAGAAAAAGCCAUUGAAGAUGAUGACAAGAUUGAAAGGGACCUCAGCAGAGCUGGACUGACUCAGAAAAACAAUAAUUGUACAAUACAGUAA